AUGGAGAAGUUGUACUUUGCGGGGAGCAGCGCAUGGACCGUCAACAGCAGCUCUCUGGGGAACGGCAGCCUCCGCCUGGAGAACCAGACCUCCGGGAGGAACAGCACCACCGACCCCCUGAAGAGGAACGAGGACAUGGCCAAGGUGGAGGUGACCGUCCUCUGCCUCAUCCUGUUCCUGGCCCUGACUGGCAACCUGUGCGUGCUGCUGGCCAUCCACACCACCCGGCAGAAGCACUCCCGCAUGUACUUCUUCAUGAAGCACUUGAGCAUCGCUGACCUGGUGGUGGCCAUCUUCCAGGUGCUGCCCCAGCUCAUCUGGGACAUCACCUUCAGGUUCUACGGGCCAGAUUUCCUCUGCCGGUUGAUCAAGUACCUGCAGGUAGUGGGGAUGUUUGCUUCCACCUACAUGCUUUUGCUGAUGUCCCUGGACCGGUGCUUGGCCAUCUGUCAGCCACUGAGGUCUCUGCACAGGAGAGCAGACCGAGUCUCUGUCCUCCUCACCUGGGUGCUGUGCCUGCUGAUCAGCAUUCCUCAGAUUCACAUAUUUUCCCUGAGGGAUGUGGGGAAUGGAGUUUAUGACUGUUGGGCAGAUUUCAUCCAGCCCUGGGGACCUAAAGCCUAUGUCACCUGGAUAACCCUCAUGGUCUACAUCAUCCCCGUGUUGAUGCUGAGCAUCUGCUACGGCUUGAUCAGCUUCAAAAUCUGGCAGAACGUGAAGCUGAAGACAGCCCAGAGCGCGGGUGGGAGCUCCGGCUCCCGCAGCAGGAUGGCGUUUGCCAGGGUCAGCAGCACCAGGCUCAUCUCCAAAGCCAAGAUCCGGACAGUCAAAAUGACCUUCAUCAUAGUCUUAGCUUUCAUAGUGUGCUGGACUCCCUUCUUCUUUGUGCAGAUGUGGUCCGUGUGGGACACGAACGCUCCGCAGGAAGCCUCCCCCUUCAUCAUUGCCAUGCUCCUGGCCAGCCUCAACAGCUGCUGCAACCCCUGGAUCUACAUGCUGUACACAGGGCACCUGUUCCACGACCUGAUGCGGCGCCUCCUCUGCUGCUCCACGCGGUACCUGAAGUCGCGGCCGACGUGCGACCUCAGCGUGGGCAAGAAGAGCAACUCCUCCUCCUUCGUCCUCAGCUGCAAGAGCACAAGCCAGAGGAGCUUCAUGCAGCCAUCCCUGACAUGA